AUGAGUGACCAUGGUUCAUCAGAAAAGGAAGUUAACACCAGUCUAAUUUGUCAAGAGAGCUGUACUUGUGGGGGCACAGAAGAGGCUGCUUUUGAAUGUUUUUAUUUCACCUUCCUUGACAGAGUGGAAACAUUAGAGAUACAGUAGAUUCAUCCAUAUUGUCAUGACUGUUGCUACAGAAGAUCAUAUUACAUGUAAUUUGAUAAUUACCUGGUGCAGAAUCCCCGCUGACUCUUUGACACGCUAAGACUAGUAAUUGUCAUUCCAACAGAGCUGUUUUGAAAUGGUGUGAGCAGUUAAUUGGCCAGUCAAGCAGUUUGAGUAAUCUAUAGACAUUUUCCUUUCAAAGUAUGUGGCUGUUAAACUGUAUAAAUAGAUUUUCUAUCAAUUUUUAAUGUUUCUCCUCUUUAGAGUAGAAUUUGACUUAUUUUUCUUAGAAAUAAUUGUUUGCGUGAGGCACCUUCCAUCUCAGUUUUGAUUGAUCUAUAAAAGGUUGAAGACUCCUGAUCAAAGUAAUCUGAAGUGAAAUGUCAUUUUAUGAAGGGUUAUAUACCAACUCAAAGUUAAGUCUGUCUUCUCAUCCUGUUCCAUUUGAUCCCUUCUUCAUUCUCUCUCAUUCUAACAGGAAACUCAUCAGAGUCUGUGGAUCGGCUUCUACUUGAGCGCUUCAUGAAGCUGGCCCGUUUCCCAGAGGCUUUCAGCUCCAUCCGGUACCGUGGCACACGUACCUGUAGCCCCCCAACGGACUUUGGUGGCCUGCAGCACACCCUGGAGCAGCUGCUAGACAACAACUCCACCCGCUCCCCAGUCGUCAUCUUCAAAGCCCUGCAGGUAGUAGACAUUAUAGCUAAGUCAACUGUCAGCUGAAUGUAAACUGGUUUCAAACAGGCUUACAUUUACAUAAGGCAAACCAUGACAGUCAAAGAAGGGUGUCAGGGUGUGUUCAAGAAUGGAAUGUUUUAGCAUUGCUAUCUACUUGAACAUUUGAUAUUAAUUAAAGGGGUCUUAUGGUGUAGAGAAUCAAGCACAUACAAAGUUACAAACAAACAUUGCUAUUCAAUAGGUGACAGUUUAAAUUUUUUACUGUUUGAACAAUCUAGUCAGACUACAUCAAUGUAAUUUCUGAUCUGUGGUUGUUCCUCUCUGGCUAGGCCCUAAGUGUGCGCUUCAAUGGGGAGAUUUCUGAUGAGCUUAUAGCCCACAACUGCUUCUUCCCUGAUGAGUACUUCACCUGCUCCAGCCUCUGCCUCAGUUGCGGGUAAGUCCUCUGUUGCCUUUUCUUCAAUUAUUUCAUUCUCUCCAUCUCAUGCCACUGACUAUACGAUGUACAAGUGACAUCAUCCUAAGUCAUACUUCCUGGUGAGUGACAGAGGGCCUGCCCCACCCAUCAGAUGUGGAACAGCAGAGUCGACACUUUCCUGUCCAGGGACCUGUUUACUGCUCUUCACUGCUGUUCAGCUGGGUGCCAAUGUUACACAGCACAUGUUUGCAGGUCACAAGAUAAGGCUCAGAUCGACCCCUCGUCCUAGAGGCCCUGGCCAAUAACUGCCUCUUGUUUUUGUUUUCCCCCUGUAAUGUUCAGACAUGCCUUAAGUGCCAAGAGGUCUUCCAAGACAACGACACCAAGCAUCACUGCCGUGCUUGUGGGGAGGGGUUCUGUGACACCUGCUCGUCCAAAGCCACGCCCGUCCCAGAGAAAAGCUGGGGUCUGGCCCCCGUGAGAGUCUGCGAUGCCUGUUAUGAGCAGAGGGAUAAACACACAGGUACCAACACCACAGAGCCAAAAUCAGCCUGUAUGUAUUUGUUUUUAGCCAUGCUGCACAGUGGUAAGAGUAUACUUAGCCUGUACAUCUGUUUGUAGCCACACUGUAGCCAUACUUAGUCUGCAUAUGUGUUUAUUUUUAGCCAUACUACACAGUGAUAACAGUUGUAUGCUUUGUACAGAGAUGUUGGAUGCAGAGGUUGAAGAUGAGGAAGGUGGAAACCUUGCUAGAAAGGUUGGAGAAGCAGUGUCCAACACACUGGGCAUCGUGGUUACUGUCAUUGACAUCCCACUGGGUGAAUGUUAUGUAAUAAAAGACCCAGAUAGAAUUGUGUAAUGGGCAAAAUGACUGCAGUAAUGUAAACCCAUGGACAGGCUGCCAUCUGGUGGCAUACUAAUAAUAUUUCUACAUGUAUUUUCAGAUACUGCAUUAGGAUACUUUUACUGUUCAACAUACACUAUAUAUCACAGGAUGUUGGUGGCACUUUAAUUGGGGAGGAUGGGCUCGUGGUAAAAGCUGUAGUGGAAUGCCAUUCCAUUUGCUCCAUUCCGGUCAUUAUUAUGAGCCAUCCUCCCCUCAGCAGCCUCCACUGCUAUAUAUACAAAAGUAUGUGGACGCCCUUCAAAUUAGUGGAUUCGGCUGUUUCAGCCACACCCGUUGCUGACAGGUAUAAAAUCGAGUGCACAGCCAUGCAAUCUCCAUAGACAAACAUUGGCAGUAGAAUGGCCUCACUGAAGAGCUCAGUGACUUUCAACGUGGCACCGUCAUAGGAUGCCAUCUUUCCAACAAGUCAGUUCAUAAAAUGUCUGCCCUGCUAGAGCUGCUCCGGUCAACUGUAAGUGCUGUUAUUGUGAAGUAGAAACGUCUAGGAGCAACAAUGGCUCAGCCGCGAAGUGGUAAGCCAGACAAGCUCACAAAACGGGAAUACUAAAGCACGUAGCACAUAAAAAUCGCCUGUCCUCGGUUGCAACAUUCACUACCGAGUUCCAGACUGCCUCUGGAAGCAAGGUCAGCACAAUAACUUUUCCAAGAAAUGGCAGAAAGGCAUAAGAUCACCAUGCGCAAUGACAAGCGUCGGCUGGAAUGGUGUAAAGCUCGCCGCCAUUGGACUCUGGAGCAGUGGAAAUGCGUUCUCUAGAGUGAUGAAUCACGCUUCACCAUCUGGCAGUCCGACGGACGAAUCUGGGUUUGGCGGAUGCCAGGAGAACGCUACCUACCCGAAUGCAUAGUGCCAACUGUAAAGUUUGGUGGAGGAGAAUAAUGGUAUGGGGAUGUGUUUCAUGGUUUGUGCUAGGCCCCUUAGUUCCAGUGAAGGGAAAUCUUAACGCUACAACAUUCAAUGACAUUCUAGAUGAUUCUGUGCUCCCAACUUUGUGGCAACAGUUCGGGGAAGGCCCUUUCCUGUUUCAGCAUGACAAUGCCUCCGUGCACAAAGCGAGGUCCAUAUAGAAAUGGUUUGUCGAGAUCGGUGUGGAAGAACUUGACUAGCCUGCACAGAACCCUGACCUCAACCCUAUCGAACACCUUUGGGAUUAAUUGGAACGCCUUUCCAGAAUAGUGGAGGCUGUUAUAGCAGCAAAGGGGGGACCAACUCCAUAUUAAUGCCCAUGAUUUCGAUGAGCAAGUGUCCACAUACAUUCAGUAAUGUAGUGUAUGUUAUUGGGAGUGCAAUGCUAAACCAUUAUAUUCUAACAGUUAUUCUUCACUGUCUCCUCUCUCUUCAGGCCUGGUGAAGGAUGCUGCGCGUCCUGCCUACUGGGUGCCUGACCAGGAUAUCCUCGUGACUUCACUGCCAAGCUGUCCAAGCACCACUGUCGCGCCUGCGGGCAAGGCGUGUGUGUGACGAAUGCUCCCCGGAGCGUCUGCCGGUCCCCUCGCGGGGCUGGGACCACCGCGUCCGUGUUUGUGCUAACUGCAACCAGAAACCUGGCGACCUUUAA